CUGAAUGCGUUGUGUUGAAUUUCCGGACAAAAACCGAAGCAGGAACCAACUUGACGGUUGUUACUUCAGAUCGGUUGAGUUUUACUCUGGAGAGACAAGUUAAAAUGUGUUCCAAAGUAGUCCAAAGUGGUCCAAAGUGGUUCAAAUUUACUGUAUGUUUUGGCCAGCUUUUGUUCCUUUUUCUAAUAACAUGGCCAUGUUUUCGAGGAAAAGCUGAUGAAUGUAAAAACGCGAUUUGGCUCCCAGAGAAGUCUGACAGCUAUCUCCGUAAUCACACCAUCCAGAAGCUGACUGUCUCUUCACAGUCCAUGUGUAAAAUCAUGUGUUACCUCAGCGACAAGCAGUGCUUAUCUUAUAACUUCCAUCAGAGUAGUGAAAMGUGUGAGAUCAAUGAUUCUGAUGAAUUCCAGUAUCCUGAAGACUUGGUCAACAUGCAUGGGUAUAGUUACAGUGGAACCAAGAAUGGUUGUCAAAGCAAGCCGUGUACUGCCAAUGCGACCUGUCAAGCUAAAUUUACACACGAGGGAGGAUUCAACUGUCUGUGUCCAAGUGGCUUUACUGGUGCAAGCUGUGAAAUUGAUAUGGAUGAGUGUACGACUGCACACGACAGUUGCCCCGUACACAGUACAUGUAUGAACACAGUAGGAUCCUAUAAAUGUCGCUGUCAUGCUGGAUACAAGCGAAGUGGUCAAGAUUGUCUUCCAAGGAAAGGCACAAAGGAUUUACCGGGCAAAUCGUGUUUGAGCAUUUUGAACACUGGUUACUCACAUGGCACGGGUGAAUAUUGGUUGGACCCAAAUAACACAGGGGAUCCGAUUAAGGCAUUCUGUGACAUGACCACUGAUGGAGGAGGAUGGACAAAGUUGAAAAGGUUGUAUCUACAGACUCCUUCAAUACCAUUUAACAACCCGUUGAACAGCUUUGACGCAGCUAUUGCAGGAGGCCAAAACAUUAGCGAAAACAACAUCCCAACUGGACAAGCCAUGCUAGAGAUUCUUCAAGUGAUGGGAUUCCACCAGAUUCAUUUCUAUUGUCACAAGAAAUCCGUAGGUGAAGUGGUGAGUAUCAUGACCAAAAACAACACUGCUGGACAAGAUGUAGUGCGUUACUUUACCAGUCCAGAAGCAACAGUUGACUUCCCGGAAGCUUGUGAUUCGUUUGAUAAGUUGCCUGAGGACACUUCUAUUCUGGCAAAGAACUGUGAAUUGUGGGGGAAAGAUAAAACAGAAGCUACUACGGUGAACAAAUGGGGUUCAUUUAAGUGGCACGGGGGUUUGCGCAUUUCCACUUGUCCAUUUGCAAUCAUGGGUGCCGAAAAUUAUGGCUUUCGUUGCUAUCACUUUUCGAAUAGUGGUAGUCCAGUUGGAUACGGUUCGUGUGAUAAUGAAUCAAGUAGUUCACUUACUGUCAAUGAUACAUGGCAGAUAGCUGUUCGUUAGCCAUCAUGUUUCUGUCAUCACAAGUAGAAGAGAUCUCUCAAAUAUGGACAUUUUGAACAAAUCUGAUUUAAAGAAAAACAUGCACCGGCCAUUAUUUAUGCAGGACAAUUAGUAGAAAAUUACUAGAGAAGUCCAUCUUUUGUCCUAUCGGAUUGCUAGAUUAGGCUAAAACUAACUCCCGUGCUGAUUGGUUGGUGGGUGUGACAUCAUAAUGCUUUCUUCGGCGACCACUUUAGUCAGUGAAUUCUGGCUUUUUUAAAAAUUUUUACUAAAGAACUUUUACAAUUUUACUAAAAAAUGAAGCUUCUCAGUCAUAGAAAAUAUAUGGAUUCAACAACAAAACUGCACUAUACAAGGCCAAGUUCAACUUAGUUUGUCGUGAUCUAGAAAGUCCUUUCGCUCGCUCCUCACAUGGUCGUUUCCCUUUUAAAGAAAAAUGGCAAAAAUCAGGCUUCGCACAAAAUAAUUCAAAAAAUAAUAAAUUCAUAGUCCAAAAAAAUGUGUUUGAACUAAAUGCAUUCAAAGUUAGUUUGGCAAGAGAGUAAGGCCAAAGUCCAGCGUUUUUAAAUUGUUCGCUAGCGGUGAAACGGAUUGUUCUCCAAAUAAAAGAUAAUGACAAGUCCCUUUUCGCGUUAAGUAAAAGUAAUCAUGUUUCAUUCAAACUUUGACAAAAUAUUGUUUUUUAU